AUGUUGGAUCUUCAUACGUAUGAGCACAAAAUGUCCCGAACUUCCAUAAUUAGGAAUGGACAAACCAUUUCUAUACCACGAGAAAACUAUGCGCAGAUCCAAAGGGAACUAGUGAAGGCAUAUCGAUCAACGAGGUCAGGUGGAACUCAAAUAAUCAUCAACCGUAUCAUGGAGCUUUUGAAUUCAGAAGAAAUAAGACCUCAGGUCUUUCGUGAUAGAUCUCCAGUUGAUGGUACCGGAAAGCUGGAAGCUUGUCCAGAGAAGUGGGGCGAAUCAAAAUCCGAUGAGGACCACUUUGGAGAUGCUUACGAAAUUAUACCCUGCGAUCACAUUCCUAGGGAGGAAUUGGUCGAAGUACUGAUCUAUUCUGAUACAUAUGAACAAGGAAAGGACUUGGUCAGACAAAUACGUUCAGUUUAUCCUUCAAUUGGAAUAUCUCUCGCUAUUCGUGAAUCACAUGGGACUGGUACGAAAACUGAUCUGGAACUGUCCAAUACCAAACUACACUGGGGAGAACAAGAUGUUGCUUCUACUUGGCUUGCGCUCAGUAAGAAAGGCUCAACGAAAUACAUAUUAGUUGGUCGAAACAUGGUCAAUUUUACAUAUCACGCGGAUAUUGAUCGGAUGCUGCGGGUUAUUAACAGUCUGGCAGUGGAUGCUGUUGGUGGAGCUGUUCGCCUGGAACCAGAAGGACGAUGGUUUGCUGGUUGCUAUCAG